ACACUGAUUCGCGUUAAAAAAACUGUAUGGUACAUUUUCAUUAACUGCAUUUAUCUUAGCUGCUGUGCGUAUUUCUUCUUCUCACGCGAUUACUCUAAGCUCACGCUCACGGAGAUAUUCGACAACGCUUAUCAUCUUGUUGCUCCUGUUAUGGUUGUUUUUUCUAUAAUAAAAUGCAAGUGGAGUCAUAAUUCGUUCAAUAAACUUUUCAGCGUGCUACGUUUAAUAUCCGACUCUGAUCAUUCCCCUGCAGAACGUUGGUACAACUCAUCAAAUUCGCCACUUCUCAUUGGUUUAGUGUUCUCGCGACUUCUGAUUUUCUAUUAUUUAGCUCGCGUCUUUAUUGAUUGGCGCAAAGACCUUGGACCAACCGUAUGGAACUUCAUCGAUUCACUCUUGUUUAUAAUACUAUUUGUCUUUUCCUUCAUCCUGAUUUUCACUUUCAAUUUCUUCGUUGGAAUACUCACCAAAAAGUUUAAGAAAAUUUCUUCAUGUCUAGUUGCUUCUGUGACGGAAAGUCCUGCAUCCUCCUCGCAGUCCGCCAUUUCAACUUCAAACGCUGAUACGACUUCCAGAAAUACAAAACUCGCUGAAAAUAUAAGAGGAAUUGAAGAACAAAUUCUUCAGAUAGACGAAGCAGUGGGGCUGAUAACGGAUGUUUAUUCUUGGAUUCUUAUCUUCAUGUCUGUUUGGUAUCUCUCGGAUCUCCUUUUUGGCAUUUACUUGUUGAUGACGAGUCUGCAGAAGGGAAAUCUGGACGUGUUGCUGCACCUGAUCGUGAUCAGCGAGGCGCUGUGCCUGCUCUUCCUCAUCCACAACCCAGCCGACGCUCUGUCUGACGCAGAAGAAGACUUCAUCGUGAAACUGAGGAUGGUUGUUUUUCGUUUGCAAAACGAAGCAGUGUCGAAAGCCCUGCAGCAACAAACCGGACUCUUUUUAGCACUGCAACGGCCCCGCAAGUUGACUCUCGGUAAUUUCGGCAACAUCGGACGAAGUUCCUUCUUGAACACGGUGGCAUUCAUGUUAUCGUACGUGGUGGUGACCAUCCAGUUCCGUGACCCCACGAAGGAAGAGUGA